UUUAUUUGGAGGAUUUUAACAAUGAUGUUUAAAAUCACCACAUUAAAAUGACUAAGAAUUAUUGUUGUCUACUUGAAAUAACGAGAUCACGUUAUAAAACAAAAUGGCGCUCUCCUUGAAAGAACUUGCAUCUUUGCUCAGUGUAUUAUCUGAGGAUGCUACACAGACACAAACGUUUGAAGGGUUAGCUGCAGGAUUUCAUCACUAUUUCACAAAACAAGACCAUUAUAAAGUCGGAUCAGCUUUGGUCCUUCUGUUACAGAACAGAGACUUACUGCCACAUCCCUCACAGAAGCUGGCAGCCAUCUUUGUUCUAUAUGAGAUGUACAGAACAGAUCCCAUAGCUGCUAAUCCCUUUGCCACAGUAUUUGUUCAUUUGCUGAAUCCUCCAACAGAGAACCAGGAUGCAGGACAGUUUGAUCUCCACUGGGCAAUACCAGCAAUUUCACCAUCAGAAAGAUACUUCUUGUCACAGCUUAUUUCUAGUCCAUCAAAAGAGCUUUUCAAAAAGACUCCACCACAAAUUAUCCAGAUGGAUGUUGGGAAUAUGCAGAAUUUUGAUGUCAGUGGUCUACAGUUAGCAUUGGCAGAAAGACAGUCAGAGAUGCCAGCUCAGAGUAAAUCUGCUAUUCCUUGUGUAGUUCCUGACCCUGAAAAUAAACCCACCAGUUUUGACCAGUUUGGAAAGCCUGGUGUUAUAAACCCUGAUGUACAGAGGCAGACCAUAGAGGCUUUGUUAACAGGCAAUAAACCUCCUGUAGAGAACUGUAUGAUGCCAGAAUUCAUUAGACUUGCACCGCCACUACACAUUGCUGAGGAUGAGUUUGCCUGGUUGAAUCCUGUAGAGGGAGAUUACAAUAUAGCCUGGGAUUCUACAAUGUGUGUCAGUAGUUCUGCUGGUGUGGAAGUACGUAGACUGAUGGCAAAGGCAUUCAAAGGUGCUCUGUCACUCCCUCAACAGCAACAGUUAAUGGAUGAAAUUGAAAAAGAUCCUAAACUAGUAUACCACAUAGGUCUCACACCAGCUAAGUUACCUGACCUUGUUGAAAAUAAUCCAUUGGUUGCCAUAGAAGUGUUACUGAGAUUAAUGCAGUCGAAUCAAAUUACUGAAUAUUUCUCUGUUCUUGUAAAUAUGGAAAUGUCAUUACAUUCAAUGGAAGUUGUUAACAGAUUAACGACAGCAGUAGAAUUACCAUCAGAGUUCAUCCACCUGUAUAUAUCUAACUGUAUAUCUACAUGUGAGACAAUAAAAGAUAGAUACCUACAGAACAGAUUGGUUAGACUUGUUUGUGUAUUUCUGCAAUCUCUCAUUCGUAAUAAAAUUAUAGACGUAAAGGAUAUAUUUAUUGAAGUUCAGGCUUUCUGUAUUGAAUUUAGUCGUAUAAGAGAAGCAGCUGGACUUUUUAGACUUCUAAAAUCAUUAGACAAUGUUGAAGGUGUAACACCAAAUGCAAGUCGGUGAAAAACAAAGGGAGAUAAUUUGUCUUUCAUAUUGAAACACACAGUUAAAGGAUAUUUUGGUGUUGCUCUAGACAUCCAACAGCAUUCAGUGAUAUGUGGGUUGAUGCAUAAUAGUGACAAAUAAUAGUUUUUGUGCAUAUCCUAAUGACACUAGCUACAAUUUAAUAAAUGUGAAAAAGCUUA